CGAGAGAGAAAGAGAGAGAGAAAGAGAGAGAGAGAGAACUAGAAAGAGGUGCGCCUUUACUCUUUGGAGAUUCGACCCUUUUUUCUACUAGCCAUUUCUUCCAUUUUCUCUUCUUUUCUUCCGAAUUUUCUCCUUUCAAGAAUCUUUUCGAGCUGCCAAUUUUCUCCUUUCCUUUAUUAUCUUCCUCCCAACCCACGUUUCCUCAACCAUAAGAGUCUACCUCCCCUGCAGGCUACGCUAACUCAACCGGAGGUACACUUGCGUGCGCACCCGUCCAUCGAUCUAUUUUAGCUCACCUACGCUCCUGCCAGCCCUGCUUUCCCUCUCUCUUCAUACCUGCCGCUCAUGCUGUUCUACCCCUGCCACUUCUAUGCAUAAAGCCCCAUUUUCCGAACAAAAUCCUAAUCGAGCAACCUUUUCUAGAAUAAUGUCAUAUUUAUUGGUUUUUCUUUCUUUUUUUCUUUUUUGUUCGUUUGUUUAUUGUAUUUUUUGUAAAAUAAGAUUCUUUCAGUUUUGUAUUUCGUUUUUAAUUACUUUUGCUUCGAAUAAUUGAGAUUAAAAAUGAACUAUUUUGAUUUGUUUUAAAAGUAUUGUUUGGAACAUUUGUCUAUUGUAGUUAUUUAAUCGCAGAUAUAAAACUUUUUAUGUAUUUUCUUUUAUAAAUAUCUAAUUCUUUCUAAUUAAUGUCUCUGGUAAGAACGAAAUCUUUAUCGCGUAUAAUUAAGGAGAUAUACAUUUUCAAAAAUAACUCUAAUUAUGGCGGAAUACAAACAAUUUACUUUUUUUGCAAUUGGAAACUAUUGAAUUUUCUUUGAUAAAUGUUAGAAUGUCUAUGACAUAUGCAUGAAAAAUGAAAAUGGAAUAAUGAAAGUAUUCGAAAAAGUGAUUGUCUUUGUAUAGAAUACUCUAAAUGGAAAGUACGAUGUUCUAUUUAAUUUCAACGAUUAUGACUUACGAGUUAAGAAAGCGACGAUUAUCAUGCUUCAAGGAAUAAGCACAAUACAUAAAGUUACUAACGCUUUUAUUUUCAAUUAAAGUACUCGACUUUCCCUAGUAAUCGCGAGAAUCGGUUUGUAACUCGGUAUGCAGACCGUGUAAAUCAUCUCCUCAAAUAUAUUUAAUUUCGCGUUUUUGUAACUCUUGUCUUUAGUGUAAUAUCUGUAACCUCGGAAUAACGUUUUAAAUGUUCACUAUUUAAAGGAAGCAUUAUUUAAAUAAAAAAUAUAAAUUCGAUAUAUAUUUUAAUCGUAGAGAUGUUCGACAAACGAUACUUAAUUAUACUUAUAAUUAAUUUUAUUAUAAUAAGCAUUGAAAUCGAUGCUUGGAGCAUAUGGAAAAUGCAAAAAUUACCAGAACGACGACGUUUGUGGCAAACGAAUGAAAAUCGAUCCCAAGAAUCUAACGAUCCCGAAACGCACAUGCUUCAAAUGUCAACUCUUCAAAAUAUUAGAUUGGCACAAAAUAAAAGAGAAAAACGACUUUUUCCACUCUUCACCGUCGUAAGAUUUGAAAAUAAUGCCUGUGGUGGAUUGAAUGGUGAAAAUGGUACUUGCAUAUCAUCAACGGAAUGUUCGCAACGAGGUGGUAUAUCCAGUGGAGUUUGCGCGAAUGGUUAUGGCGUCUGUUGUAUCGUCAUGGUCUCGUGUGGACAAAUGAUCAACGACAAUAAUACUUAUUUCGUUAAUCCUAAUUAUCCAUCGACGUUCGAUGGUACGGAUUCCUGUCAGCUUACGCUUUUGAAGUUACAUCCAGAUGUAUGCCAAUUUAGAUUGGAUUUUGUACAGUUUACGAUAAGAGGACCCGAGACGAUCAACAAUCUAUGCACUUAUGAUCAAUUUAUUGUUUCUGGAGGUAAUCCAGUACCAACUAUUUGUGGAACUAAUAAUGACAACCACAUGUACAUCGACGCUGGUAUAGGGCAAACUAAUCCCAUUGCAUUGACAUUCGUCACGAGCGGAAGUUCCUUUCCACGAUCCUGGAAAGUCCGAAUCUCACAGAUUCGCUGUAAUACAAUUUAUAGAGCAGAAGAAGGAUGUUUGCAAUAUUUUACUGGUGUAUCAGGACAAAUAAAAUCAUUCAAUUUUGAUUCCUCGGCCGGUUUGCAAUUGUCCAAUCAGGAUUACAGUAUAUGCAUCAGAAUGGAAAAAAACUUUUGUGGUAUUCAAUAUAUGGCAUGUUCGGACGAAGCUACGAUGAUAUCUAAUAGUGGCACAGGGCAAAUGUCUCGUAAUAACGCAUUCACUUUAACGGGUAAUACUCAAGGAACACAGAUAGCCUCCAUGACAGGAGCCAUGUGUCAAACAGAUUGGCUGAUGAUUCCUUGCGCAAUUAACGCAGGCAAAUCUCCUUCGAUGUCCACUACCUGUAUAGAUCGAUUGUGUGGCGGUACCUUUAAUGCCGAUAAUCAAAACCUAAACUCAUCUUCGGUCAUUAGUACUGUCAAGCCUUUCAGAUUAAUCUUUCAUACGGAUGCGAUCGAAGCACCUAACGAUGUUGGAAAUAGAGGUUUUUGUUUAAAUUAUAUUCAACAACCGUGCACAACAAAGUUGAGGUGAGACAUUGCAUAAACAUUCGAAUGGCAGAUGAAGAAAUCGUUAUUCAAAUCUUACGAGCCCAUAUUUUAUUUAAAGAUCUUUCCAACUGUUUUACAUGUUUUCUUAUUUAAUAUUAGGACGAUGUUAAUCCGAUUAAAAAAUAGGAUCUCGCGAGUAUUGUAUCUUCUUCUGCAAGUAUACAUAAUAAACACUUGUUCGAAUUACGCUUGUACAUUUUCAAACAUUAAUUUUUAUUUGAUUACGCGUACACUUUUGAUUUUUGAUUUUUCGAUAACACCUAUCACCUAAAGAAAAAAUCAAUCAGCCAAUCAUGCGAUUCAAUCAUAAAUACAUGUGUAACAUACGACAGUAGUGCACUCUUUAGAUAUAUUUUCACACAAUAACACGUUGAUAUAUAUAUCAUAAAUACAUAUAUAUAUAUAUA